CGUAAAGUUGUGUUGACAGGGGCGGCAGCAGCAGGAGUUGUCAAAUGAACAGCAGCAGCCAGCUUCAACGGACCCGAAUGGAGUAAAGUAAAAGCUUUCAAUUUAGAACGUGUUUCUGUUACUGCUUCCAAGCGCUUUUCACACCUCUGAGGAAACAAACAUGGCAGACGAACAGUCCACCCAGUCCUGGUCCAUUAACAGAGAUGAUUACGAGCUCAAUGAGGUGAUAGGGAGUGGAGCCACUGCAGUUGUUCAGGCAGCAUACUGCAAGCCAAGCAAGGAGAAGGUGGCCAUCAAACGCAUCAACCUGGAAAAGUGUCAAACUAGCAUGGAUGAGCUCCUGAAGGAGAUUCAGGCUAUGAGUCAGUGCCACCAUCCAAACAUUGUGUCUUAUUAUACCUCCUUCGUGGUGAAAGAUGAACUGUGGCUGGUGAUGAAGCUGCUCAGCGGUGGCUCCGUGUUGGACAUCAUCAAGCACAUCAUCUCACGUGGUGAGCACAAGAACGGAGUGUUGGACGAGGCCAGCAUCGCUACGAUCCUGAAAGAAGUCUUAGAGGGGUUGGAGUACCUUCACAAAAAUGGACAGAUUCAUCGAGAUCUGAAGGCUGGGAACAUUCUUCUAGGAGAUGAUGGCUCAGUGCAGAUAGCUGACUUUGGUGUGAGUGCCUUUCUAGCUACAGGGGGAGACAUGACGAGGAAUAAGGUUCGGAAGACGUUUGUUGGGACCCCAUGCUGGAUGGCCCCAGAGGUCAUGGAGCAGGUCCGUGGCUACGAUUUCAAAGCAGACAUCUGGAGUUUUGGGAUAACGGCUAUUGAACUGGCCACUGGGGCUGCACCAUAUCACAAAUACCCACCAAUGAAGGUGUUGAUGCUGACUUUGCAGAACGAUCCUCCUUGUCUGGAGACGGGUGUUGCAGAUAAGGAAAUGGUGAAGAAAUAUGGCAAGUCUUUCAGGAAGAUGAUCUCCUUGUGUUUACAGAAAGAUCCAGAAAAAAGACCAACGGCUGCUGAGCUGCUGAAGCACAAAUUCUUUACAAAAGCCAAGAACAAUGAGUAUUUGGAGGAAAAGCUCCUGAUGAAAGGUCCCACAAUAUCAGAUCGAUCUAAAAAGGUGCGUCGUGUGCCUGGUUCAAGUGGCCGUCUCCACAAGACAGAAGACGGUGGAUGGGAGUGGAGCGACGACGAGUUGGACAUGGAGAGUGAGGAGGGAAAAGCUGCUGUGGCAGCUCUGCGGUCACCCAGAGUGAAGGACGGCUCCCAAAAUUUGGAGAUUUUCCCACCAGCAGAUGGCUCCACCACACAUCUGCAGCCGCCUUCAGCUGCACAUGAGAGACCAGCAAAUUUGGUUCCAGCAGGAGAUGAAGCUCCACCGCAGGCUGCCACUCAGCCAGCGAGCCCUUCACACGGGCCUGCUGUUCAGGAUCCUGCAGCCUCCAGUGUUCCCAUUAGCCUCGUCCUCAGGCUGAGGAACUCCAAGAAAGAGCUCAAUGACAUCCGCUUUGAGUUCAUGAGUGGCAGAGACUCUGCUGAUGGAGUUUCUCAGGAGCUGGUCUCAGCUGGUCUGGUUGAUGGGAGGGACUUGGUCAUCGUCGCUGCCAAUUUGCAAAAGAUUGUUGAUGACCCUCAAAGUAACAAAAAUGUGACCUUUAAACUGGCAUCUGGUGUGGAGGAGUCAGAGAUUCCUGAUGAUAUAAAGCUGAUUGGAUUUGCGCAGCUCAGUAUCAGUUAAGUCAAGCAGCGGUGGCAAAAUAAGACUGAAACAUGGUUUUGCACAGCUGCAUUGUAGUCAACUCCAGGGACCUACUGCUGCCAAAGAGAGGAGGCAGAGAAUGAUGAUGAGGAAACGUGAGGUUGGCAGGAGGGUGACACUACUGCAGGAUGCACGAGGACCAAACCGGGGGUCUCAGCUCAUCACAGGAAUCACACUUGAAAUGUUUACAGUGCGCUUAUACAGUUAACAGGAGAGAAAAACGCAAUCAACUGUUAUCAACUCCUAAUUUCUUUUAGUCCUCCUCCUCCUACACAAGCACAAUCCAAACAAUCUCCUGCCAGUACUGGAAACGAUUGCCUUUUCUUUUUCUUUUCUUUUUCUAAAAUCUGUUGUGCCACAAAACUUGAGUGUCGUGCCACCUUCACACGGCACUUUGCGCUACACUGAAACUGAAAGGUGUAAGUUCAGCCUUGGUAAACUCCCUGAGUGUUUAGUUACUUUCUUUAUACAAAUAUCAAAAAAAUAUAAGAAUAUCCCUUGAUGUUGACACAGAUACUAUACCUAAACAUGUCGUAGCAUCGCUUUCUGAUCCAAACAUCUGCAUAAAGCAGUCAGAAAAGGUAAAGAAUCAGACCAGAACAUCGCUGAGGAGUUCAAGCUCUGACAUCACUGCUAAAACUAUUCUGUUGUGAGCAGCAGCGGCUCAGUUUUUUUAAUAAAAUCCACUAGCAUGUUCUGAUGUACUAUACACAGGUUUUAUUUUCUCUCACUGAGCUCUGCCUAAUAUACUUCUACUAUGCAAUAGUGUUGUUCGUUUCAUCACAUUUGACCACUGGUUGCUGUUGUUGCUUCUUAGUUUUGCAAUAAACUGCUUUUUUUUUUUUUGUGCGUGCGUGCGUGCGACUCAAAUGGAGUUCAUAAAAGGUCAACCAGCAGAAUGGGCAGCUUUAGGAACCUGCUGCAGCAAACUUACUCUGAAGUUACAAUACUAAAAGCCCGACUACAGUUAGACAUGUGGAAUGAUUGCCGUCUGUUUUUUUUUUUUUUUUUUUUUUUAUCUCCUGUAUGAAAUAAUUUAGCCUUGUGAUGACUGAUGCCCUGACAGCUGCAGAUAAUCCUGAAUGCUGGUGAUGGGUGUCGAGUCUGAGGUGACUCAUGUUACACGCUGACUGCGAGUGAACUUCUGUGGAGGCAUGCAUGCUCAAAAACUGGAAAUGUUCUUCCAAUGUCAAAUAAAGUUUAAAGGGGCAGUUCA